AUGUUGGACACUAAUCAUGUACCUUCUUGUCUUAACAAUUCCAAUCAAACGACCUUAUCCUGUUCUUCACCUUUGUGUCAAAGAUCGGAUUUCUCUCGUUAUCAAAGAAAGAAGUACGCCGAUGUACCGAACUUAUCUCGAAUGUCAGAGAAGACACGAUCGAUUUUUAUGAUUAAUGACUAUUAUAAAACCACUGAUUUUCCAAAAAAUUCGAAAUUAUUAUCCACUAAAGUUCCGAUAAAAUCGUUCCGGCAUGUUUGUUUACAAACCGAUUAUCGUGAAGAAUCAAGUCAAACAGAUCCUUAUUCGCCGGCGUAUACAGUAUCGCAUGGCGAACAUCCGGAAGUGUUUGAUCUUUCGGAUUUUAUAUAUGGAAAAGGUCUACCGGCGACAUUGCUGGAGAUUUCUUUUAUUGAACGAUUACGUGCUCGACGUCAAUGGGAACAAGAUCGAACAUUUGAUGAAGCACGAAUGCAAAUCGUUAUUGAAAGAGAAAUGCGAGAAUGGCAAAUGCGUGAGAAAGAAAUCAAAUUAUUACAAGAUAAACGUCAGAAAUUAUUCGAGAAAAACCUUGAAACUUAUAUUCACAAUGAUGAAGAACUAACACAAAACUUUGUUGAUUUAUUUGUCUACCGUGAGGAGAAGCAAUUAAAACAAAAACAUCAGCGAUUAGAAAUUCAAACAUCUCGAGGUAAAACAAGCAAAGUCAUCAAACAAGAUACAUACAAAUCAUUCAUAGAUAUUCGUCGGAUGAAACGUUGGUAUCAAUUACGUGAAACACAUAUAAAUUCGUUAACUAGUUACAAUCAUUUCGGAGCUAUCGGCUUGAUCAAAUGUGAUAAUAAUUGUUAUAUAUCAUUAAAACCGCCAUGGCAUACGCGAUCGAAUGAUAUGAUAACUAAUUUGAAGAGCAAUAUUUGGUGUCCUCAAUUCGAUCAUUUUAUUGAUCGACGAAUGCGACAAAUAGGAAUGAAUGUUUUGCAGUUCGAAGAUUUUUUGCCUAAAAAUGCUUUUACUACCAAAAUUAAUCAAAAGAGUCUAUUAACAGCAUCUAAGAAUAGACGUUUGCAACGUCGGAUUGAAAAUCUCGACAAAGCCUAUCAAUUAAUUCAACAAGGAAAAAGUAACCAAUCAUCACUUUCUGAACAAAGACCACUUCGUUUCGUGAAAAAAAUCGAAUCUAUCGCUCAUCUUCAACAAUCACAUUCUACUUCACUUUCAAUCGAAGAACAAGAUCAUCGUCGCCUCGCUCUAAUCAAAUUUCAAAAUUAUCUUCGCACUAUCACUACUCAAUCUAAAAUCGCGAAUGUUCAACAUAUCCGAAAAGAUUUAUUGGAAGAAUUACGAAAUCCACAUCGAAGAAUAUCAUCAAUUGAUUUGAAUAAAGACGAUAUUGAAACACAGAUUUAUGAUUAUGUCGAAAGUGUCACCAUUGGUGAUAUGUUGGAUUUUCUCUCGAAAGAAUUACUUCGCCUGCAGUGGGAACAAACGAUUCAUCUGUUUAUCAUUCUCGCUGAUCGACAGCGAUAUCAAAGAGAAAAACAAGAGACUAGCAUUCGUCGGCAAACGAUACAAAGGCAAAAACUAGAAAAUGAGAUUUUCCAACAAGUGUUUUCGCUCAGUUCGGAUAUUGACAUCGAAACAUACGUCCGAGAUCUUAUUCUUCAAUCGAUUUCCGACACCGCGGAUGAACAGGCAAGAUUAGACAUCCAACAAUUAACUGAAAACCUUAUCGACUUAACAACAAAUCCUUCAUGCACUCAAUUAGACGCCGAAGGUUUUAUUUCAAAUCUCGUUCAUCAAUUUCUUCUUCCUGCAGUGUGCAAACAUCUGCAGAGACAAGACAAGACGUGUUCAUAG